GGCCCCUCCUCGCUCACGUAGCGAUGCCUUACUUCUAUUAAAACAGUGAUUGGGUAUCGGAUAAGAAAGAAGGAGCCCAGCUCUCUCUCUCUCUCUCUCUCUCUCUCUCCCAAUGGCAUUCUCGGCCUCGGCUCCAACAUCCUCAUAUAUCUCACAGCUCCAAUCUUUUUCAACAUUCAAGUUACACCCUCUUCUUUUGAAUCACAUACGUCCUCGCAUUCGUUGGUCUCGUGUCCGUGCAGUUUCCGCAAUUGCAAAUGCAGCUCUUGAUUCUGGCAAUGGUGCGCUACUCGCCGCAGAGAAGCCGGAUCAUGCCACUCCUAAUUAUGGAAGACAGUACUUCCCUCUAGCUGCUGUUGUUGGCCAAGAUGCUAUAAAAACUGCUCUUUUGCUUGGGGCUACUGACCGUGAGAUUGGAGGGAUUGCAAUCUCUGGAAAGCGAGGAACAGCCAAGACAGUUAUGGCACGUGGGUUACAUGCAAUUUUGCCUCCAAUUGAUAUUGUUGUUGGUUCAAUAGCAAAUGCAGAUCCAGCCUGCCCAGAAGAGUGGGAAAAUGAUCUAGCUGAACGUGCAGAAUAUGACUCUGCUGGUAAUGUUAAGACCCAGAUAGUCAGAUCUCCUUUUGUUCAGAUUCCCCUUGGAGUCACAGAGGACAGACUCAUUGGAUCUGUUGACGUCGAGGAGUCUGUGAAAACAGGAACAACUGUUUUCCAGCCAGGCCUUCUUGCUGAAGCCCAUAGAGGUGUUUUAUAUGUUGAUGAAAUAAAUCUCUUGGAUGAGGGUAUUAGUAAUUUGCUUCUUAACGUAUUGACUGAAGGAGUUAAUACCGUGGAAAGAGAAGGAAUAAGCUUUAGGCACCCAUGCAAGCCACUUCUUAUUGCUACUUAUAACCCAGAAGAGGGUGCUGUACGUGAGCAUUUACUAGACCGUAUUGCAAUUAAUUUGAGUGCAGAUCUUCCCAUGAGUUUUGAAGAUCGUGUUGCCGCUGUUGGAAUUGCAACACAAUUUCAGGAGCAAAGUAAUGAGGUGUUUAAAAUGGUUGAGGAAGAAACAGACUAUGCAAAAACUCAGAUUAUUUUGGCAAGAGAGUAUUUGAAGGAUGUUGCUAUCAGCAGAGAACAAUUGAAGUACCUUGUUAUGGAAGCCCUUCGAGGUGGUUGCCAGGGACACAGAGCUGAGCUAUAUGCUGCCCGUGUUGCAAAAUGCUUAGCUGCUCUGGAAGGACGAGAAAAAGUCUACGUAGAUGACUUGAAGAAAGCUGUAGAACUUGUGAUUCUUCCUCGUUCAAUCAUCAAUGAGAAUCCACCGGAACAGCAAAAUCAGCCGCCUCCACCUCCUCCUCCUCCUCCACAAAAUCAAGAAUCUGAGGAGCAGCAGAAUGAUGAGGAAGAAGAAGAGGAUGAUAAUGAUGAAGAGAAUGAACAGGAGCAAGAACAAAUACCUGAAGAGUUUAUCUUUGAUGCAGAAGGGGGUUUAGUGGAUGAGAAACUUCUCUUCUUUGCACAACAAGCACAGAGACGCCGAGGGAAGGCUGGGAGGGCAAAGAAUGUGAUAUUUUCAGAGGACAGAGGCCGAUAUAUAAAGCCAAUGCUUCCAAAGGGCCCUGUAAAGAGAUUAGCUGUCGAUGCAACCCUCAGAGCAGCUGCACCAUAUCAAAAGUUGCGGAGGGAGAAGAACACUCAAAGCGGUAGGAAAGUUUUUGUGGAGAAAACUGAUAUGAGAGCAAAGAGAAUGGCACGAAAAGCAGGGGCAUUGGUAAUUUUUGUGGUUGAUGCAAGUGGAAGCAUGGCACUGAACCGAAUGCAGAAUGCAAAAGGUGCUGCACUUAAGCUACUUGCAGAAAGUUACACAAGCAGGGAUCAGGUGUCUAUCAUUCCAUUCCGUGGAGACUCGGCUGAAGUUCUCCUGCCUCCAUCUAGAUCAAUUGCAAUGGCAAGAAACCGUCUUGAGAGACUUCCAUGUGGUGGAGGUUCUCCCCUGGCUCAUGGUCUUACAACGGCUGUCAGGGUUGGGCUAAAUGCGGAGAAGAGUGGUGAUGUUGGACGCAUAAUGAUUGUUGCAAUAACCGAUGGUAGAGCCAAUAUAUCACUGAAAAGAUCCACUGACCCAGAAACUGCUGCUAGUGAUGCUCCAAGACCUUCAGCACAGGAAUUGAAGGUAAAGUUUUUAACGCUAAUAAGUGCCAUACCUGCUAGUGGAUGGCCCAUCGCAUCUUCAAUUGCUUAAACUUUAUGUAAACUAAUUUUGAUUACGCAAACAAAUAUCUUAACAUCAAAUGUUCCAUACUUACCUUAGCUUUCUAAUUGUUUUUCAUGAAAAUCUUGCAUGUGAAACCCAUGACUUUCCAUUGCCACCUCUUGAUUUGCUCAUCAUGUGUAGAAAAGACAAUUGCUUAGAAAUUUUGCAUAAUUUCAU